AUGUCGAAAAAAUCCUCAUCUACAGUCAUAUCACGGCGAGAAGACGAAAUAGCAAGGGAAAAGGCCAGGAUACGAUUGGAACUCUUAGACAGAGAGCUAGCCUCACUGAAACGCAAACGCAGCCGCAGUUCACGAUCAGCACAGAGUGAGCACACUACUGAUAGCCAGUACGUAGAGAGGUGGCUCGAGCACAACGAGCAAGAACUGGGAAAGUACGGGGCCUGCACUGAAGGUACAACCGCGGGACCCGUGCUGCCGCCGAUGGGGAUCGGCACUGUUGGCCCGGUUCAGCAGCUCGCCGCCGCCGCUCCGCCGCCGGGUGAAGCCGGCACGGAUGGGGCUAUCAUGCAACUUGUCGCUGCCAUGAAGGAACUAGUAACAACCACGGUUGCAAGCAACAACAACACCAACAACAACCUAUUGAGUCGGAUUAGCACACCGAAAGAGCUGCCACCGUUCUAUGGUGAUCCAACGGAAUGGCUAGCAUUCAAACAAGCUUACGAAGAAUCCACUUCACUGUGCAAUUUCAGUGACAGAGAGAACGUCUGGCGACUAAGGAGAUGUUUACGUGGCCCCGCGCGAGAGACCGUGGCCGCCCUGCUCAUGACCGCCGCCGCGCCGCGCGACGUGAUGGCCACGCUUGAACUACAGUUUGGAAACGCAGAAGUGAUCUUAUCAAAAAUCAUGACGGAGAUCAAAAAAUUAAACUCAGUUUCACCGGAAUACCAGAAAGAUAUUGUACCAUUUUCCAUAAAAGUGAAGAACUACGUGGCCGCCGUGCGCGCGCUGCGUCGCGAUGAGUACCUGGAGGGAGUCAGCGUAGUCAACAUAGUGCUCUCCAAGUUGCCUACAGUGCUAGUGUCGAAAUGGGCUGACUACAGUUACCCGCUCAUCACAAAGGGAUGCAAAUCACGAUUGGACAUAAUAUCAGACUUUUUAAACGAAGAAGCAGUCAAAAUUUCUACAUGUGGUGCCAGUUUGAUGAACGUUCGUGAUACCAAACGUAUACAUAAAGAGAACAGUAACUUCAACCAACCACAAACUGUUUUGGUACAAAGUGCACAGUAUAAAGACAGACUAGAUGAAAAGUGUCAAUUUUGUCGCGUGUCCAAACACAUACUGACAGACUGCAAAAAGUUUAGACGAUCGUUAAGAAAAUACCGCUGGGCAUUUGUGAAACGUACUGGACUAUGCUUUAAGUGUUUGACAGCGCAGCACGACCGACAGACGUGUCCCGCCGCCGCUUGUGACGUCGACUCUUGCGGUGAAGCCCACCACCGUCUGUUACACUACGUGCCUAGUCCGCGCCAGAACAAUGUCGUCGCUGUGCAAGUUACACAGACUGAAAAUGCAGACACUGAAAGUGAAAGCCCUGAAACUGUAACGCACAUAAACUCUAAUAGGUGUUCAGUGUUGCUAAAAGUUGUAAACAUAAACAUUCACGGACCGAACGGUGUGAUCAAUGCCACCGCGCUGCUGGACGACGGCUCCACGGUGUCGCUCAUCAGCGCCGCGCUGGCGGAGCGCGCCGGGCUGCGCGGCCGCCCGCACGCGCUGCGGGUGCGCGGGGCCUGGGACAACACCGACCUAGUGUGUGAUACGGAGAUACUAGACUUUGAACUAUCGAAUAAACACGGAAAAGUUUUCAAAGUUAGUGCGCGAAGUGUUAAAGAACUAAACUUACCCGAACAGAACUUGAGCGUAGUAAACUGUGAGAACUAUAAGUACUUAAGUGAACUGAAAGGUGAACUGUGUACUAGUGAUAAAAAACCGGAAGUACUGAUAGGCCAAGACAAUUUCCACCUACUGCUUCCACUGGAAGUGAGGAGCGGCAGCCAGCGGGAGCCCUGCGCCACGCGCACGCCGCUGGGCUGGGCCGUGCACGGCCGCGUCGUGGCCGCACGCUCCCCGCCCGCGCCGCCGCCCGCCUCGCACGCCACGCUCUUCAUAACCGAUGUUGAUGCAUCAGAUACACGCAAUGAGAACCUUCACGAAUUCGUACGCCGCUCCUUUGAGAUAGAGUCGAUGGGUGUGUCCGCUGCCUCCAAGCCUCGGCAGAACAAGCAAGACGAGCGAGCCUGGGAGCACCUAGAACACACGUCCAGGCUUGUGAACGGCCAAUGGCAUGUCGGCUUACCCUGGAAGGAUAAACAGAGUGUAAUGCCUGACUCCUACACAAAUGCUAUAGCAAGACUAAAAGGGGUAGAGAAGAAAAUGAAUCUUAAUGAAGAAUAUGCCGCCAGAUACAAGGAACGCAUUCAGCAUUUGUUGUCGAACGAUUUUGCCGAAGAGCUGAAAGAGUGUAAAGUUGGACCUAGAACAUGGUACUUGCCACAUUUUGGCGUCGACAACCCGAACAAAAAGAAACUACGACUGGUGUUCGAUGCUGCAGCACAGUCGUCAGGGUCGUCGCUGAAUGAUUACUUGCUGAAAGGACCGGAUCUGCUCAUGUCACUGUUUGGUAUACUGUUGCGGUUCAGAGAGAAUAAAAUAGCCGUAACAGGUGACAUCAAAGAUAUGUUUUUGAGAGUAAAGAUUCAACAAGAAGAUAGAGAUGCCUUGCGCUUUGUUUUUAGAGACAACCCUGACGGUAAAGCAAAAAACUUAUCACAAAAGCUAAGCGCAGAUAAUGAAAAUCCCGUGAAGACUUAUGUCAUGUCAUCGCUUAUAUUUGGUGCCAAUUGUUCCCCAUUCAUUGCACAAUUCAUAAAGAACAAGAAUGCUCGGCGCUUCGAAUCCAGCAUGCCAGCCGCCGCCGCCGCCGUGUGCUACCAACACUACAUGGACGACUACAUCCACAGCGUGCCGGACGAGGCUACUGCUAUCACGCUUAUCAAACAAGUCACCUACAUACACUCACAAGGUAGCUUUGAAAUACGCAACUGGAACAGCAAUAGCGAGCGCGUACUGAGUAGCGUGCCAAAAGAGGCCCUGUGUGAAACAGCUGUAAAGUUCAAAAUGGGGCAGCAAUAUGACGGUGAACGAACGCUUGGAUUGAUAUGUCCUCAUUGGGGUGGAGCCUGGGAGCGGCUGAUCCGAUCAGUAAAGACUUCACUGAAGGUCGUGCUUAAAGAACGUGCACCGAGAGACGAGACAUUGUCAACCCUGUUAGCUGAGGUUGAGAACAUAGUGAACAGCCGCCCUCUAACACAUGUCUCAGUGGAAGCCGGAAGUAUAGAAGCCCUGACUCCAAAUCAUUUCCUCAUUGGUUCAUCAUCGAAUUUGCCACAGAUGGGAGUUUUUGAUGACUCGGACCUGCACCUAAGGAAGCAGUGGCGAAUCGCACAGCGAUUAACAGACAUGUUCUGGAAAAGGUGGGUCAGGGAAGUGCUGCCAGAAAUGAUACCCAGAAAGAAGUGGACCAAAGAAGCCAGACCAUUGCAAGUGGGAGACCUUGUGUACGUUGUAGACCCGGAUGGGCCAAGAAACCUCUGGGUAAAGGGCCUGGUCAACGAGAAAUCUCGAGCAAACUCCAACUCUCCUUGA